GGGUCCGAUGAAAUUCACAAACCCUUUAACCUAGCCUUCGAUUGAAGGCGAUUUUCGUAUCAUUCUGAACUAUUAUUUUUAGUUCUGUAAUCCUUUAUUGGAUGGAUUGGAGAUGGUCCUAGAGUCCCGCGGCGAAACAUAUAAAAAGGAUCAGAGAAUUUUCCCGAAUGUUAUCGAAACGCAAGUGUUUCACAUUUCGCACAAGAAACGCCGAGAGAGAAAGAAAAGAGGGAGAUCAAUAAACUCCUCAGCAAACCCUAACAAUGGUGGUCGAAGACGCACCCAAGACUUCAGCUUCCGAAGAUCAGGCCAAGACCGAGGCGAACCCUACACCGAGGGAGGACGACGACGAGCCCGAAGAAGGAGAGAUCGUCGGCGACCAAGAUUCGGCGUCUUCGAAGCCGUCGAAAGGAAUAGCGCCGCAGUCACUCCCUCUGGAGCACUCCUGGACCUUCUGGUUCGAUAGCCCCGCCGCCAAGUCCGCCAAGUCCAAGCAGGAGGAUUGGGGCAGCUCCAUCCGCCCGAUCUACACCUUCUCUACCGUCGAGGAGUUCUGGAGCAUUUACAACAAUAUACAUCAUCCGAGCAAGUUGAAUGUGGGGACGGAUUUCCAUUGUUUCAAAUACAAAAUUGAGCCAAAGUGGGAGGAUCCUGUUUGUGCUAAUGGAGGAAAGUGGACUGUCACUUAUCCUAAAGGGAAAUCUGAUACCUCUUGGUUGUAUACGUUGCUAGCAAUAAUUGGAGAACAGUUUGAUCAUGGCGAUGAAAUCUGUGGAGCAGUUGUCAAUGUCAGACCUAGGCAAGAAAAAAUAUCUCUUUGGACCAAGAAUGCAGCAAAUGAAGCUGCUCAGCUGAGCAUUGGGAAACAAUGGAAGGGGUUUCUGGAUUACAAUGAAACUAUUGGAUACAUAUUUCAUGAGGAUGCGAUGAGACAGGAGAGAGGUGCCAAGAAUAAAUACGUAGCCUGAUGUGUAUAGUACUGUUCUUUGGUAGUCCUCGGUGCUUUCCAAACUGCAACAGCAUUCUAUACUCGCAUGCAGAGUAACUUCUGUCUAACGUUUGCUCUCUUCGGGCUGUUCACGCAAGUUAUAAUUGUUCACUUCUUGAUGCAUGUAGCCGUAGCGCAUGUAUUUGCUGGCGCGGAUCGAUCUUUGAUAUGAUUUUAAUCUUACUUCUCACCAAUGUUCAAUAUGCAUUCCAUGUGUUGUGUUAUUUAUAAGAAAAACAAGUGGCAUCAUGGAAUGGGGGCAAUUUUGAAGUUGAUAGAAUAAUUUAAUCCCACACA